ACAAUAAAAUUAGUCGCGUUUCCAACGAUCCACGGAAAGCACACACAAUCGCAAUGUUGGGUGAUCUUGUGGACUUUUUGGGCAAAUCCCCACCCGAUCCUGUGCGCCUGCCACUCCUGGCCAGCCACAAGCCCGUCCUAAUGGUAUUGGCCACCUAUCUGCUCUUCGUGAAGAUAGUGGGUCCAACGAUCAUGCGGCAUCGAAAGCCCUUUGACCUUCGCGGUCUGAUAAAGGCCUACAACAUCAUGCAGAUCGGGUACAAUGUCAUCAUGUGCUCUUUUGCUGUUCACUUUAUGCUGGGACCCGGUGACUAUAACUUCAGGUGCAUCAAGAACCUGCCGCCGGAUCAUGAGUACAAGACCUGGGAGCGCUGGCUCACGUACUCGUACUUCUUCAACAAGCUGCUCGAUCUGCUGGAGACGGUCUUCUUUGUGCUGCGUAAGAAGGAUCGCCAGAUAUCCUUCCUGCACAUCUUCCAUCACAUGUACAUGCUGUACUUCAGCUUCAUGUAUCUGUACUACUACGGAUACGGUGGCCAUGGGUUCUUCAUGUGCUUCUUCAACGUCGUCGUGCACAUCAUGAUGUACAGCUACUACUACCAGUCGUCGCUCAAUCGCGACUCAAAGGGCGAUCUGUGGUGGAAGAAGUACAUCACCAUCGUUCAGCUCAUCCAGUUCGGAAUCGUUCUGGGGCACAGUAUCUACACCCUGAAGCAACCGGACUGUCCAUCUGCCCGGUUCUCGGCCACCUGUGCCGGCAGCAUCUCCGUUGUGUUCAUCAUCUUAUUUAGUAACUUCUAUUUUCAUGCCUAUAUUCGACCCAAGAAAACGAAACAGAAAAACAUUUAAGCUAGAGCCAGUCAUCAUCUCUAUUGAGAAACCUAU